AUGGAAGAUGUCAAAACUGCUUACGGCAUCAUGGAGAAACUCCACGAAAUAUUUGGGCACAAGUCAGCGCAAGCUAGUUUCGAGGCUACCAAGAAUUAUGUGAACUGUAGGAUGGCACCUGGUCAACAUGUUUGUGAUCCUUUUAUUAAGAUGACAAACUACUUCCAAGAAGCUGAGUUGCAUGGAGCAACAGUAGAUGAGAAGACUCAAGUUGGAAUCAUUCUCAACAACCUUCCACCUAGUUUCCUUACGUUCUCCACGAGCUAUUUUCUUAACAAGUUGAACUAUGGAAUGACUCAGUUAUUGAAUGAUCUUCAUAUGUAUGAAGGAAUAAAUGGUGGACUGACCUCUUCCUCGAAGAGCAAGAAGAGAAAGGCAAGGAAGGACAAAAAGAAGGCUAAGAAACAAGCAGCUGGAAAGGCACCAUCAACUGAAAAGCUUGCUGGAGCAAAGCCAACUAGCAAGAAGGCUAAAGGAUAG